AUGGCAAAAUUAUAUGCGGAUGACUUUGAUGAAGCUAAUAUGAGUGCUCUUGAGAAUCAACUUGUAAGUUAUAUUGUUGAUGUUCGUGAUGUUGAUGAAAGGUUCUCCGAUCUACAUGGGCUUUUUGCUACUGCCUCUGUUGAAAGAGAUUUUUCGGCAAUGAAGUUUAUCAAGAAUGACCUGCGAAGCCAAAUGAGUGAUGAUUUUUUUCGUGGUUUGAUGCCUUAUUUAGAAAAAGAUGUAUUUGAUAGUAUUUCUAAUGAUGUUAUUAUUAAGACAUUUCAAGAUAUGAAACCUCGUAGAAUACAAUUGUAA